CUGUACUCUAGCCUGAGCAACAGAGCGAGACCCUGUCUCAAAGUAAAUAAAUAAAUGAAAUAAAUUGAUUUUGCUUCUUGGCAUGUGAUAUGCAUAAUAAUAAUAAAUAUUUCUUCUCUGUCUGGCUUUCUACUGAAGUAUUUUCGGUUCUACAGUUCAAGGCCCCUCCACCCCUAUUGGCCUUUCUCUUAAGGGGCCCAACUCUGAGUGUCUCUCCUGAGUCUCAUAUGCUCAGUGUGAAAUAGUUGACCAAGUAGGAAAUGGAAGUAAAGAAUUUCGCAGAAGGGGAAUUUGCCAUGAGGGAAGGGUUAAUAAGUUAUUCCUGUUGAUAGCCUUUGCAGUGCCUGGCACAUUCUCGUUAGAGUAGACGCCCAGAAGUGAAAUGAUUAUGUUUGACGUUGAACUCCUAAGUAAUUCAUAUUGUCUGAGGAUAAUAAUCCUGCAAAUUAUAUUACAGUCAGAAGUGUUUUUGGUUUUUUCUUUCCAAUCGAGGAGUAGAUGACUGGAGGCUGCCUUGUUUGCGUGAGUGGUGUUGGGAUGACCUUCCAGGCUGGGCAUGUGAUUCCUGAAGAAGUGGCUACUUGUUGGCUCCCGUAUGAAUGCAGAAACUAGCGUUUGAGCUGAUAGGAAGUAAGAGGGGGGAAUCAGAGAAUGGAGAGGCUGCUUGGGAUGGAAUCUGUAGACUCUUCCUGUCCGACCUCUGGUUGCUAAUCUGUGUUAUCGUUACUGGAAGGGGAGGCCUGCGAAGGUUGAGUCCUGGCUAGGAUUUCACCAGACCAGGAGAUCAGUGACUUCUUAGCUUAUAAUUCCACUGUAGGUGGAACUCUAGCAUUUGCAGGCAAGAUGGAAGAUAAGGAAGUGGGUGAAGGGGUGAAAAAUGAAAUAAAUAUUGAAUAAAGCACCUGUACUCUGGAACCAGACUGUGUGUUUUUAGUUUCUGCCUCAUUCUGCCAUACUACUGUGUAACCUUGAGCAAAUAAGUGAUCUUUGAAUGUUUCAGUUUCCUCGUGUGUGAAAUGGGAAUAAUAAUAGUGUUUCCCUCCUAGUGUAAACAGCCAGUAAGUAGCAGCACCUCUGCACUGGACAAUUUUUUUUUUUUUUUUGGUCAAUUGCUCUUUUUAUUCUGUACCUACAAUGUCAUCUAAAUAGCCUGUCCCUUAGUGUAUGGAGUCAGGAGCCUAAGAAGAAAUUUCGAGAAAAUAAGGAAGGAUAAAGGAAUAAUAAGCAAGGAUAAAGGAUUGCCUGCAUUUGAGAUCCUUGUCAAUGUGUUUUCUCCAAAGAAAACGUGUCUGUUUUCCAAAGAAACAUAGACAUUUCUCUUUGGAGAACCUGUUUCCAACCUUAGAUGAUUUUUCAGAUUCAGUCUGUGUGCUAAACCCAAAUCUUCUCAUUUCCAAAGUACAUCUGUUUAUGACUUAUAAUAUGUUAGGAAGGUAUUUUGCCCUGGUGAAGAAGGCCUUAGUUCUUAUCCCUACUUAACUAAGGUAUAGAGAAGAAAAACCUUCAAAUUUCAAUGAAAUUGAUUGACCUCAAUUCUUUCUAGAUAUUUGUCUACCAAAUGUCUUUAGUAGUAGGUUUUAAUACUUUUGCAGCUGAUUUUAUUAAACAGAUUAAAAGUUUAAGCCCACUUAACUCAAUAAAAAAGUAUAUGAAAAGUCACAUACAACUAAGUACUUCAAACCCAGAAACUCUGGCACUGAAGGAGAUAAACUAGCAGACACCUUCUAUAUACUUUCCUACUUCUGUACCUCAAGACGUUUGCUGAGUACAUUUAUAACAAUGACCAUGUCAGAAAUAAUACAUGGAUUUUUAUUGAUCCAUUUCAUUUACGUGGGUUUGAUCCCAAAUAAUAGGAUGAUGUUCUCUUAUGAAGGUCAUGCCUUGAGGGAGAGGAGUAAGUAAGCCUGUCCCAUUCUCACUCUCUUUGAUAGGGUGGUCUCUCCCAGGGUUUAUUUAGGAAGUGAUGGGACACAGGUCAGUCUGUCCUUGUCUCUAACCAAUCUGAACAUUUCGUUUUCAGCAAAAUUUUCAUAUUAUUUUCAAACCAUUUCUCCACAUCUUGUGUUAUUGAAUUGGUUAAUCUCUGCUGUUUUUAAGGUAUAUCUUCUUCAAGACAGCAUUUUUCUUUUAUAUCCAACAAAUUCCUUUCAGAUUUCUAAAUGUUAAAAAAAAAAAAAACUUAGUUGUGGACAAAAGUACAGCCAAUCUCUUUACACCUAAAGAAAUUAAUGUUUUUUCCAUAAAAGUUAUCAUGUUAAGAGGGUGACGAUUAGUAUUCAAAUGUGAGUGAGGAAAAGAAUAAAGACUGAGGCAAACAAAUAUUACCAUUAUUGCAGUGUUCCCUGCAAUCUAUGGGUUGUUAUUUAUUUACAGUUUUGUUCCCAUAGGCCCACAGAAGAGAAAUGCAAAGAGGAGUACUCCUGAAGGAGAAGAGGCUGUAGAAGGUUGGAAUAGAGAGCAACAAAUCCCAGAACACACGAGGUUGUUCUCCUAUUUCAGCAGUUGGCCGCAACUUCAUUGCUGAGAAACGCCUCAGGCAUGGAGAUAACCUGGUGGCAUGUCAGUGUCUUCGAGUUUUUCCCAUUAAGCUGCAAGAGCAUUGAUUGCUAUUCACUUCGCGAAUGGAUGUCUUGAGAAGAUCGUAAGAACUGCUUUUGGAGGACCGAGGCUGCGGCCUCUGCUUCAGUAGAAACCCGAGGCGCCUGACAUGUAGAGCACACUAGAGGACCUAUUUGAUGAAGAGAGAGUUGGCUGUUUGGAAUCUAACCAUUGAUGUUAAGGCCAAGAAAGAAGAGAGAACUCUCACCACGACAUUUCAAAGGGAAUACAUUGCCAGAAUUUGGAAUACUCUUCGGGACAAACAUUUCCUCCAAGCAUGCAGCUCUCUGCCCCCAUGUCGCCACCUCUGAAGGACUGACUGAUUCCCUCGGCUGGUACCAGUGCCUGCUCCUGCCAUGGGGCCCACGGGGAGCCUGCUGGGCAGCGGACAGAUGCAGAUCACCCUGUGGGGAAGUCUGGCCACUGUCGCCAUUUUCUUCGUCAUCACCUUCCUCAUUUUCCUGUGCUCUAGUUGUGACAGGGAAAAGAAGCCGCGACAGCACAGUGGGGACCAUGAGAACCUGAUGAACGUGCCUUCAGACAAGGAGAUGUUCAGCCGUUCAGUUACUAGCUUGGCAACAGAUGCUCCUGCCAGCAGUGAGCAGAAUGGGGCACUCACCAAUGGGGACAUUCUUUCAGAGGACAGUACUCUGACCUGCAUGCAGCAUUACGAGGAAGUCCAGACAUCGGCUUCAGAUCUGCUAGAUUCCCAGGACAGCACGGGGAAGCCAAAAUGUCAUCAGAGUCGGGAGCUGCCCAGAAUCCCUCCCGAGAGUGCAGUGGACACCAUGCUCACAGUGAGAAGUGCGGACGGGGACCAGGGCCCGGGGAUGGAAGGGCCCUAUGAAGUGCUCAAGGACAGCUCCUCCCAAGAAAACAUGGUGGAGGACUGCUUGUACGAAACUGUGAAAGAGAUCAAGGAGGUGGCUGCAGCUGCACACCUGGAGAAAGGCCACACUGGCAAGGCAAAGCCUACUUCCGCCUCGAAAGAGCUCCCAGGGCCCCAGACUGAAGGCAAAGCUGAGUUUGCCGAAUAUGCCUCAGUGGACAGAAACAAAAAGUGUCGCCAAAGUGUUAAUGUAGAGAGUAUCCUUGGAGAUUCAUGUGAUCUAGAAGAGGAGGCCCCACCACCUGUCCCUGUUAAGCUUCUGGACGAGAAUGAAAACCUUCAGGAGAAGGAAGCGGGAGAGGCGGAAGAGAGUGCCACAGACAGGACCAGUGAAACUAACAAGAGAUUUAGCUCAUUGUCAUACAAGUCUCGGGAAGAAGACCCCACUCUCACGGAAGAAGAGAUCUCUGCUAUGUACUCAUCGGUGAAUAAACCUGGACAGUUAGUGAAUAAAUCAGGACAGUCGCUUACAGUGCCAGAGUCCACCUACACCUCCAUUCAAGAGGACCCACAGAGGUCACCCUCCUCCUGUAAUGAUCUCUAUGCUACUGUUAAAGACUUCGAAAAAACUCCAAACAGCACACUUCCACCAGCAGGGAGGCCCGGCGAGGAGCCAGAGCCUGAUUAUGAAGCGAUACAGACUCUCCACAGAGAGGAAGAAAAGGCCACCCUGGGGACCAAUGGCCACCGCGGUCUCGUCCCGAAGGAGAACGACUACGAGAGCAUUAGUGACUUGCAGCAAGGCAGAGAUAUUACCAGGCUCUAGCAACCCAGAGGACAACCCUGGGUAGCCUGUGAUCAGUCUCUGGGGGCGUUUCCUCCAUGGAAGAGAAGAAGUGACACAAACCUAUACUUCAUAUGCUGCUUUAGUCACCUGAAGAUGGUUGGAGAGGCCCUGACUGUUCUCCCAGUUGUUCAGUUUCCGAGACAGAGAGGUACGGACUAGGCUGCACCUGAGUGUGCCCCUGCCUGCCAGAUGGACAGGCACACCCAAGCACAUCUCCCUCCCGCACCCUCACCGCCCGCAAAAGACCCCAGCUGUCAGUGGUCUCAUCUCAUUAGUGAGGAAGGCCAAGCUGUAUGGAAAAACUGCACUCACCAAGGACCGCAAGGCCCCCAGCCUGAACUACUGCCAUUCGGAAGGACCAGGUUUUUCUUCCCCUCUUUCCUUUUCUCUGUCUGCUAUUGACUUUAAGGCUUUUUCCCCCUUGAAAUGUCCAGAUUCCUGUGGUUCAUUCCAAGGAAAUUUUCACACGAAGCUUGGCCUUUGCCUUCAAUGUAGGUGUUUUAGGAUGGCGACAAACCAUGGCUGCUGCUUUCUGCCCAGGUCGCCAGUCCUCCCCAAAGAGCUGCGCGUCGGCACCUGGGGAUCUGGACCCUGCAGCUGAAGGGACUGAGGAGGGACGUCCCUGGAGUCUCUUCCAUCUUUGUUCCUUCUUAUUUUGGCACUCUAUAUCAGCAGCCUCUCCCCAAAGUACUUGAAGUCAGUUUUAGAUGCUUUAUUUUAUUUUUCUAGUCAAAAACGUGUUUCCCCCACUGUUUGAAAACUCGUCCGAGCCUUUUCAGUAUUUUCCAUGAGUAUUGUGGUACUUCUAUACUUGUUUAAGCCCAGAACUCAUUCCUUCAAAACAGAGAGCCUUAAUCUUUAUGUUGGGACACAGACCACAUAUUUGGAUGGCAGCCAUGCGUCCAUCUCCGAAGGGCUGUGCACGUGAAUGUGUAUUUCCCAUGGUCUCCACUGCCCACACCAACAGUGUGGCAUCUCAUAAGUUAACUGCUACCCUAAGGUAAUCUAAGAUUAAAAUGUAAACAUUUAUUUUUGUUAUGUAAGUUUAUAAGAUGUUUUAUGUUCAAUGCCUAAUUUCUCAAAAGUGCCAGAAAAAAAUGUAUAUUAACUGUUUUGAUUUUAUGUACAAUGAUUUAUACUCUCCUUUGGAAAAGGUAUCAUAAAGCACAUAAGCUAGAUCAUUACAAGGAGCUGUUAUCUUUUUCCUAAUCAAGUGUUUAAAACACUGAUGGGUUUUAAAGACUCACCUUUUUAAAUGGUACUUGGAGCUCCUGAUCCAAAUUACCUAGACCCCUAGAGAAAUAAAUGGAAAGUACAUAAAUAAUUAUUCAUUUUCAUUGGUUUACGGUGGGCAAUAUUGAAAUAUUUGAAAGGGUAAAAAUGGAAAGAAGAACAAAAUAUGAUGAGAGGUGGCUGUGAAUUAUAAACCUCAUAAAAGUGUCAUAAUUCAAUUAAAGUUUAAUUACAUUUUUUCAGAAAACAGUGAUGAAUUCUGUAGUCCAGUGCUUGCCAAUGCAAAUUGCCUAUUGGAAUCUUCUUCCUAUAUUUUACAAACAUCAGUGGCUGAAAUAGCUCAGAUUAAGAGCUCAGCCUGGUUUGAAUUUAAUCAUCUCUUUAGAUCUUAUAAGGCCGGCAUUAGGAAACUUGUUCACUUUUCAUUUUCAAAGGAGCCUAGUUGAAGUGCUAUUAUGAGUAUGAGCUAUGGAAAGACAACUUUUCCUAUAUUGAUAAAGAAAAAAAAAUGAGGAAAUUAUUUCACCCCAUUGUGACAUCUGUGACUUUUUGGAUUUAAUAAUCUUGCUGUUUUUCUUCUUUAUGGGCAAAGAAUAUAAUUGGGAGGAUGAAGUGUGUUAAAAAUUGUAGAGACCAGCUCACUGGAAUGUUUUUCCAUCCCUGCAUUCAUGGUUUGACUUUGUGACUGCUCUACAUUGCAUUUCUGACAUUGCAAAGUGAGCUAUGUUGGUUGUUGUGAUUAUUUUGCAAUCAGCCUCGUCUCUCCCAUGAAGAUGUCAUGAGCAUAAACACAAUCAUCAUUGAUUAGAAGAUCAUAGCAGAAUACCCUUGGAUUAGAGAGAAGUUUGCACCUUGCAUUUCUCUGAAUUCCAGUCUCUCAUAAGCACUGCUUUGCCUGGUGAUUUUCACUGCUUUGUGUUAAAGACUUGGACUCAGCAGCCUCUCACAUGAUGGGGUUCUUUAGUACAUGGUAACAGCCAUGUCAUCUUACACACCUAACAUUGUGCAUGCUGUAGUGACAUCCUUUAUAGGCACCUUACAGCUCAAAACUUGUGUUUCAUUUCAUGCCUUACUUAUCAAAAAGGCAGGGAAGUAGGUAUGAUCUCUAAAGUAAAAAAAAAAAAGUAAAAAAUAAAAAACUUUUUAUAGAAAGCUCAUAAAUAAUCAUGUAAUUUUGCAAUUUUGUUACCAAAAUAUCCCCCAGAAGUUUUCAAAUACUAGUUCUGCAAUGUGGCCAUGAAAUAUGCACUGAAAUAUACCUUUUAAUUUGAGAACCAGUGGUUAAAAUAAGCUGUGAUAUAAAGUAUUUUCAGUGUACUUUCAAAGGAACUGUAAGGCCCUCCAGCAUAAAUGCUAAAAGAAUAGACGGUAGCACAGGCCAUGAGGGCUGGAGGAGAGAAGCAGAGUGAACCUUAGAAAGACAGCUCAGCUCUUUGGAGCACUGGAUAUUUUACUGAAGUAUAUUUACUGAGGCACUAUCACUGUUUUGACUGUAUAGUAUAGUUUUUCAUAAAUUUCAAAAAUUACUUUGUUCAGAAUCUGGGCUUGAAUCUUUGAGUUCAACAAAAAGCCUAUGGCUUCUUUUAAAAAGUUUCAUCUUGAGCUAAUGCUACAGUUUAAAUAAAAUAUACGAAAGGUAGUUAUCAAAAACAAUUUGUAUAUUUAAAAUUCUAUUUUGACAUCCAUUUUCUACAGCCAAUUAUAGCAGGUUAUGUGAAAUUUAAAAAUAAAUUUUAGGACUUUUUUUAUCUUGUAAGUAAGAAUUAUAAAUCUAUCUCAGUUAAAAGUAGGAUCUUUGUUUUUAUUCAGAUAUUUUGAAAGUUUAGAAGCAUUUUGUAUGCUACUUUUGGUAUUUCUUAAGUAUAGUCAGCAAGACUAUAAACACAUAUUUUGUUUUAUGCAAAAUUUUUUUAAUUUAUCAAAUGUUUUUAGUGUGUCUACUUUCUGAAAUAGUCUCAAUAUCCUGUCUGUAUCCUAGGCAGAUAACUACACAAGAGCAAAAUGCUAUAUAGAAAAGAAAAUAUUUGAGGAAAUCUUAAAUUCUGUAAGAAAGUAAUUCUUGCAAGAAUGUUAGCUACAUAUUUUUUUUUCUGUCCUGAACAAAUUACAUCAUUAGGUCUGUUGAAGCUUUUGAAGCUACCACUAUUCUUUGUGGGAAAAAGGCUAAUUACUGAUUUAUCUGCCCUCAAAAUCCCAGAGUUAAUUCUAAUUGAGUACUAAAUUAACAGUAAGUAGUUAACACAGAGAACUAAAAUGUAACCACAUUAUGUCACUAUAUAUAUUUCUCAUGAUUUUUGCUAAUUAGAGCAUUUACUUAACCAGUAAUAAACUACAGACACACACACAUAUACACAUACAUAUACGUGUGUGUGUAUAUACUUGGCUCUGACACAACUCUGGUGCUUAAUUAGGGUAUGUUCUAUUAUGUAUUUUGAAUGUUUAUCCUGCUAGUGUGAUGAAAUUUUGUUGGAAAAGCAGAAUUAGAAGGAACAAGUUUUUCAAUCAGUUUCAUUUGAUAAUUACAGGAAAACUUUGAGUUGUCUAAUUUAAUUUUUCCAAUUAAUAUAUUUAGACUUUAAAUUGCAUCCAUAAUUCUCUUGGCUGAAAAACAGUGAUAUUUUAAGACAGUUCUGUUAUACAUGUGACUUACUUCUGACUCAGCCUGAGAGGAGGAAAUGUAAAGAGAUAAAAGAUUUGGCCUAAAGCAGCAAGCGACUAGUAACCUUGAGCCAGGAUGAAGCCAAGGCAACGUGACUCCCAAGUAGCAGGAGCAGAGGUCGGUCACCCGUGGCAUUCUAUUUCAUUCCCUUUUAAAAUUAUGAGGCUUUAUAGGCAGUGUAAAACAUCAGCAGGAGCGAUGUGAUAGGAUGUGCAAAAAAGCUGGUCUGAUACCGUGGCUAUAAUUACAGAGCUUUAGUUCAAUUAGGAUUUUGUAAAUGAGCAAAUGACGUUUUCUUCCAGUGCUCCUUGUAAUAGUUAAUAUAAGUCCAUGCAAUCUUGUGAUGCCAUUCUCCUGAAGGUGUUGAUUUCUGGUACCCAGCCAGCUUAGCUUUGGCUGCUGGAAGCACAGUAGGUACUGAUGGUUACUUCCUGGAAAUCUUGACAGGCUUAUUGUACUGUGUAAUGGGAAAAAGUUGAAGUAUAAUGUUUGGUGUUAAUAAGUGACUGAUGUGAAAAUAGAAACAUGUGUCUAUAAUAUCAAAUAUGGCUUUAUUUGCAGUAAAAUCUAAAUUCCUUAUUCUACAGUAGUAUUUUCUUGCCCUGUGUUGUAUCUUUUCUUAAAUACAUUUUUCCUGACAGUAGCUUUAGGCAAGUUGAACACACUUAGACUGAACGUGUUUAACUUAAAGAGAUCAGUCCAGAAACCAUGAUAAAUUAGAAUCUUGAUCUGAAUUACCAAAUUAAAAUUUAAAAUCAUGGUCCAGAAGAGAACAAACAUUCAUGGCUUUUUUAUCCUACUGCUCAUUUUUAGGUCUGUGUUUACAUCCAGUCUCUUCUGUUUGUGAAGUAUGUCAUUACUUUUUUCAAGUUCUUCUUUGACUUCACUGAAAAGUAAGAUUCCAAAUUCUUAAUGUAACAUGAAAAGUGAAAUAGAAUUUUUGUUUAAAAGACAUUUUUUAAAAAGCAUUCAAUUCAGUAAUCAUUUCUCUUAAUACAGGAAGUUUUUUUGGCUUGCCAGUUAGAUACUGUGGGUAUUUUUUAAAAUGUGCUGUCCUUGGGUUGCCUCAUAUCACCUUGCAUAAUCUUGUAUUACAAAGGUUGAUAAUUGUCAUUUCUCAGAUGUCUGUAUGUUACACUGGCAGCAGUAAAAUGUUUUAAUGUUGUUCCCUUUUAAAUAAUUGUGUUUUAUUAACAUGCCUCAUAUUUUCUGGGGAAACUUGAAAUAUAGCUAAACAAACAAGGUCUGUCAUAAAUAGGAAUUGGCAUUUCAUUGUUAAUAUUUUUUUCCUCAUAAAAGUAGUUACACCAAAAGUGACAUAUUGUCUAUUACAUGGGCCCAAUCAGUAUUAAAGUACUCCCGUUACUCAAAAAUAUAAAAAGAUAAUUCAUGACACUUAGUAGCAUUUUCAUUCAUUGCUUCAAAAGGUCUUUGUAAUGGUCAAAUUGUCCACUUCACAAAAGAGUGAGAAAGUUGUUUUCAGUACUGGGAAUUUUUAAACUUUAGUUUUAAGUCCAAAAGUAUCUCUUACUAGCUUGAACAUUUUGUGAUUACUUUUCCCUCCCCGGAUCUAGUCCUUUUAAGGAGUAAGUCUAAAGAAUGAGGCCAUGAAGUCACUAUUUCCUCCCACCUCAGUUUGUCUCCUGGUACUUAGCUGGCCUACCGCUUUGCGUAGCAAUAUCCCUGGGUCUCUUCCCCACUCAGCCCUCUGUGUCUACUAUUGACAGGAUGUGUCAUUAUGUCUUUCCGGUACCAAUCACAGUGCUGCCGUAUCACAGACCCUGCCAGCCAGCAUGGAACCGUGCCUCACCACAGCUCUGCCCAUCUCACAGGCUGCCAAAGUGAGGCCACAGGUCCACCUAGGGUGGCAGAUGCUGGUGCUAUUUGUCAUGACUUUUGCCAAAACAUGUACACUGUUGCUCACUUCUUUCAGAAGAAUGGUUGACACUAAGGGGCCAUGGAAAAGAACUUUUAAAAAAUUAUGUGGUGGAAUCAAAGUCACAGAGGCAGAAAUGUUAGCGUCAUGCUCUAACCAAGGAAGCUUAGUGUUCCCCGCAGUGCUCUGUAUCUGGCCUGGGUCUCCUCAAGCGGCAGUCCCCGCUGUCCAGCAUGUGGAAGGUAGAUUCUUAUGACAACACCAGACCCAUAGUUACCAGGAAACAAAAAGGAAGCUGAGUGUUGUGAAGGGGAAGAAAUCCUUUUUAUAAGAAGGAAUCAUUUUUAGGCCAGGUGCGGUGGCUCAUGCCUGUAAUCCCAGCACUUUGGGAGGCUGAGACAGGCAGAUCAGUUGAGGUCAGGAGUUUGAGACCUGCCUGGCCAACAUGAUGAAACCCUGUCUCUACUAAAAAUGCAAAAAAAUUAGCCAGGCGUGGUGGCAUGUGCCUGUAGUCCCAGCUACUCGGGAGGCUGAGGCAGGAGAAUCACUUGAACCUGGGAGGCAGAGGUUGCAGUGAGCUGAGAUCGCAACACUGCACUCCAGCCUGGGUGACAGAGCGAGACUCCAUCUCAAAAAAAAAAAGAAAAAAGAAAGAAAGAAAACAUUUUUAAAGCAAAUUGAGUGUAAAAUGUUUUCGCCAUGAGGCCAUUGCACCCUCUCCCCCAGGAAACAGUGCCUAAGGAUGAUGUCAAGUUACAGCCAGUUUGCGCUGAUCCCCCAGGUCCUAAGAAAACUGUGAGUGCUUCACAUGCAAAGGUAGAGCUACGAGAUAUGGAGAAUAACUUGGCCAUUUAUAGCAAACUGCCUGACUUUGGGGUGAGAAACCAAGCACCUUCUAGGUCCUAGGAUAGGUGAAUUGGAGGUGCAGCUGCUAAAAGUUCUCAUUUUCUACAUACUUCAGGAGCCAGGGUGUUUCAUUUUGGUUUUGUAAAACUUUGCUGUAAGUCAUCACAGUUAACUCUUUGAAUGGAUAUUCUAGAGUGUAUCUUUUUUUUCAAAAUUAGCAGAACAGUUCUCUCUGCUCAUUCUCUUUAUACAUUUAGUUUUUUUAAAGUUCCCCUAGUAUACCUGUUAGGCACUCUAAAUAGGCCACAGUUAAGGCUACAAGAAGGACCACUCGCUCUCUAGAGCCUACAGUUCGGAACUCUCUUAUUGUCACGUCCUGGUUUGGUUUGGUUUGGUUUGGUUUUUAACUCAACAAGUUGCAAACCGUGAGUUUAAAGCAAACGGUUUCCUUUUCCUUUCUUAAGCUUGAAGAGAAUUUUUUCUUUAAUCUUCACCUCCUCAUUUAGGUAGUGAAGGCUUCCCUGAAAGACAGCAGUGCCCUUCUCUAGGAGAAGAGGCUGGGACUAAAAGCCUGAGUCUAUGGGUUGAGGAUUUUCAGCAUUCCUUUCACAAGCCUCUAUGUAUUUUUAAUGGAAGACUCAUAAAUGAACCUGAUAUGGUGUUCAUGACCCACCCCUUAAGCAUGCUUGCUUUUUUUAACUUUACUUUUGGAAUAUAGGACUUGUCUUGUUUUUCCUGGAGCCAUGCUAGGAUUUAAUUCCUAUGUGCUGCCCCACCACUGCCCCGCCCACGUCCUGGAAGAUGGCCGUGCCUUCGGCAAUGCUCCCGUCUUGAGGACAAGCAAUGUGGAAAGCGUCAGGAAAGCUGAACUUUGCGUUCAAGUCAGCAAACAUUUGUGAGCAUUCUAGUAAGCUUGCGACCUUGAUACUUUUUAAACAUUAUCUUUUUAUUUGCUUCGAGUAUCAACCAUAUAGCUGACUCUAGAGCAGUGAAGGGAGUAGGGAUUAGAGCAAAAUUCGGACUUCCUGCCCCUAUGGGUCUGAGUUCUCAUGUCUCUCUGGGAAAUGUGUUGGCCCAAUUCCCUAUCUGCCACUCUGAGUCUCUUGAGUAAAUGUGUAUAAAUGAGAAAAAUUAUCUCAAAGAUUUAACUUAUAAUUUAGAUAUUUUCUUCUUUUUAAACUCAGGAAUAAACCUGGUUUAUAGAUAACAUAAUAUGGCUACUAGAGCUAUAAUUGGGUAGGUGACUAGAAGCAUUCUUUCAAAUAUAUUUCUUGUAAAGACAUCUACUUUGUUUUAACUAGGAAAAGAAACUCCUCAUUAAAAUAAGAUAAACAUUUCCAUAAGCACUUUCUAGAAGAGUGUAGCAUCUGUCUACCAUGCAUCCCAGAGUGUUUGUAUCUUGCUCACAGUAUUUCAAAAAUUUUUAUGGGUGAAAAAAUGUACAUUUUUUAAUUUAUUGGAAAAGUGUAUUGAGUUGUUGAAUUAAAUUCUCAAAUGGGACAAUUUAGUGUAAAGAGAAGCACUGGUUUUGGAGACAAGAGCACAGGGCUGUGGUCCCUGUUCCAGCAUUGACUUUACUGUGUGACCUCGAGCAAAUGAUUUAACUUCUCUGUGCCUCAGUUUCUCCAUAUACAAAAUGGGGAUAAUGAUACCAACCAUUGCCUACCUCAUAGAGAUGUUAUGGGGACAAACGAAAUAAUAGAGAUAAGCACGAAUGCUUUCAGCUCUUCAGAAGAAAGGUGCUAUAUAAAUUGAAGUUGUGUUUUUAAUGAUCCAAUUAUUAAUUAUGUUUAGGGUUUAAAUAACAAUACUGUUAGUCACGUUAAGAAUAAGUUUUGUUUUGAUGCAUAUUUCCAAUUCUCUUCUGUGGCCAGAUCUUGAUCAUUCAACCAGUAAUGGUACCUGAGGAACUGAAAUGGGUAUUUGUUUUCUGUGCGUUUCUGCUGGUAGUAGUUCAGUUCUGAAUAUCCAGAAAAGACUGGAGUUUAAUUUGUAAUAUCUUACAGUUUACAUGUAAUAAAACUUAUUCAAGCUGUAUAUAAAAGUAUGGUUACAUGUAAAUAGCAGGUAUGUUGUAAUUAAAGGCACUUAUCAAAUUGUCUUUGCUCUUUUUUCAAUUGUAAUAAAAGUCAGUUUUAUAUAAA